AUGCAGUAGAGCAAAUAAAAAAAUAAUUAUAAGAAAUAGAUUACUCUAAACAAUGAUCUUUUAUAAAACACUGGUAAUGAACUUAAUUCAUCAAGACUGGACAACAUAUUCUAAAUGGAAAUUAUGACUCAUAAAUUUGAAUAAUUAAAGGUUUCCUUAUCUCAUUCUACCUAAGGGGAUGUUAAUAAAACAAAUAUAAUAAAUAGUCAAAAAAAAAAAAAAAAANCUAAAAAGCAUCAUCAAGAUUAUCAAGAAUAGAAAAGAUAAAGAUUUUUAUAAUUUUAGGAAAAGUUUACUACUCAUAAACCUGUUUAUAGUAAUUGUCGUAUUUAUAGUUUGAGUGGAUAAUAGUUAUGUUGUUGUGAUUAAAAGAAAAUAUCAUGGUAUGUAAAGAAUGGGCUGGGAGAAUAUUUAGAUGAAAAGAGCAUCAAACUCAAUUUUGAUCCUGUGUGUGAAUUUGAUGAAAAAGAAAUGAAAUUUUAUAAUGAGGAAAGGUCCAAUAGAUGUGUUAUUUGUGGUGCCUCUACUAAUAUAUUGAAAUACUAAAUUAUUCCUUAUAUGUACAAACAUUACUUACCGAAUCACUAUAAAUCUCAUAGAGCUCAUGAUGUUGUAAUCCUAUGUGCUCGAUGCCAUGAAAAAGCCUCAUCUCAACAAGAUAAGAAAAGAGCUGAAAUAGCCAAAUUGUAUGAAGUGCCUUUAUAGCAUUAUGGAGAGGAAAAACUAGUGGUUGAUAAAUUGAGUCAUAUUCUUAAAAAAUAUGAAAGUCUAACAAAAGCAGGGAAGCCUUUUGACAUGAUGUUGUAUGAGGAAAUCAGAAAUUAAUUUAAAGAUCUUAUCUAAUUACCAGCUGAAUUUGACAAAUAGGAGUUGACAAAAAUUAAUGAUAAAUUGAAAAAGGAGUUAAAAAAUUCACAUGGAGAAGCUGUUGUUAAAAAAUUAGAUACUGAUGAGAAAAUUGAAGAAUUUAUUAUGAUCUUCAGAAAACAUUUCUUAUCUUCAAUGGAUCCUUAAUUUUUACCUAAAGAAUGGGCUAUAGAUCAUAGAUUUAAAAGGAAUUUUGGCGAGAAAUCAGUUUAUUAUUAAAAAGAAGAAUAGAAUGACUAAAAUAAAUAGGAUAUCCAAAAAAUGGAUUAGUAAUUAAUAAAGGAAUGA